UGGACGUAAUAUCACGUGACAUAAAAGACUGCAUGUUUUCCUGUUGCAGGAAGUAUUCUUAAUCAUUUGCAAUGUCUGGGGUUAGAUCAAAUAUUGCAAGCUAUCAGAAGUUUCAGGAACUGCUUAAGAAAAAAGAAGAAAUGAAACUUGAGCUCGAUUAUGAUAACGAUAAAAGACGACGGAAAAGAAAACGCCGUAGACCAGAGGGAACUGGGAAUCUUUCAAAUUCCACUAAUGAACAAGAGGAGAAAACUGAAAGUGACAUGACAAAACGUGAAAAUCAUUGGAAUGAACUCCAACAGUAUUUUGGGUGUAAUGAUCGAUUUGAACCACCUGCUUGCAGUCGACCUCCAGAAAAAACAAGCCUAGAAGAGGACAUUGACAAGGCUAUUGCUGAAGGGGAUCUGAAUAAAGCCGAGGAGUUGAGUGACAGCCUAGCCACUCGUGAUCUGGCAGUUAAAAUUGACAAAGCUGUGAAAUGUCGCGACUUUAUAAAAGAAAAAGAGGCAGCUGAAGCUUCUCAAAAAGCCAGACAGAAAAAGCAACUUGCCUGGGGAUUUGAAGCCAAGAAAAGAUGGGAGACAAAAAGCAACAUGGGAUACAUGUAGAAUUAAUAUAUGACCUAUAUUGUAUUGUCCUCUUUGGUAUUAAUUUCAUCUCUACUUUAGGAGAUGUAACCAGUGUGACAGCAGAUAUGAACUGUUAAUCCUAUUCUAUUUGCUCCUAAAAGAGAUUCCCAAUGAUCUGUGCUUCACUCUGCCAGAAAUAAGAGUAUGACAACCACUGGGUCCACACUACAGGAAUAAGUAUGGGUUGUACUAACUGUUGAUUCUCCAGCAUCACAGAGGAGCAGCACAGUCAGCAUUUCAACAUCAUGCAGCCAUCAUUUAUCAUUUGACCUUCUUGUCUGCUGAGAUCUCUUCUGAUGAAUAACAACACAAACUAUACCAGAUUUGCCAACAUUCUUUAAACUUCAGUGGAUGGAACAUUGACAGUGUUUAACUGUAAAAGUAAUAGAUUAUCAUUGCAUAUUUUAUCAACUAGGGGCAUAGAGAUACUCAUUCAGCAACAGUUGUUUUCUAGAAGUACGUUUGCUGAGUGCUGUAAUUUUUCAGGAAAACACAGUAAGCCUGCAUCCGUAAUGCAGUAAGAAGGCUGUAUCUUUGUAAACGCCAUUUGGAGUACAUUGUUUUCAACAAAAUAUUUCACUGCAGCUGCUAUGUGUUAGUUUCAUGUCCUGUUAAUAUGUUUUUUUUAUGUUUAAUGUUUUUACAGGUUUUCACAACUGGGAACUGUAAAAUUUUAAUAUCUAUAAUUUAGCACUAAGCAGUACUCAUCAAUUUUAUAAAUUUUAUGUCAAGUAAAUAUGUGCCCGAUCAGACUUUACCAGUAAACAACUGUCAAUAGAUAAAUAAACUAUAGUAUUCUUAAUGAGAAA